GCAGGUUAGGUUGUCGCGCGUUCACAUCCGCCUGGGAAUAUUCCUUUAUUUACAGCGGCUCUGGCUUUUUUAUCGGCCAAUUUUGAAAUUCGCCAGCUGGGAUCCUGUCGGCUCUUUUAUUAUAAGAUCCCGAGAGACAGAGCAGAGGCUCCCCGGUUCUCUAUCCAGUGAACCUUUGACAAAUGUGCUUCACUAGAAGAAUAUAUCUUCUGCAGAAUCUAUUUAAUACGUUCAACAGAAUGGAGAGCAUACAUCUUUCACGGGCUUUAGAAUCAUAAUAACAAGUUGACUUUGAUAUACGAUCAACACGCUUUACUAAAAACUUGCAUCAUGUUGAAUUCUGCUUUAUGGAGCAAGGAGAAGUCCAAUGUGACACUUCGAGAUGAACCCAAAUAUUAUUUGGUUGCUCAAGAAUGUAGUGCAAUUGAUAAGCAUACUCAAAUGUCUUUAAGACUAACAAAAGGCAGCAUGUUAAUGCUUCAUGAUCGAGGUCCUCACAUGUCAAACGUUCAUAGUAACAAGAAUAAAAGAGGGCUUAUUAACGUGCAGUGCUUAGAACAGCCAUAUACUAUCAUGCUUGUUGAAGAAAAAGAUUUGCAAGAAAUUGAGGGAAGGGAAGCUGAACUACUUUUGGCUGUUUCAACCUGUGACGCGAGGCAUGUUCUGUCCAAAAACAAGCCAAAACUGCAGAAAGCACUCCAGAUUGAUUAUGAUUCAAAGGUUAAAGUUCAGCUGAGGUCUGGUGAUGAGAAAGUGCCUGGUAUUGUACGAUUCAAGGGAUCAUUACUACAGAGCAAGUUGCUGUGUGAAUUGUGUUUUGGAGUAGAAUUGUUGGAAGAAGGCAGGGGCCAAGGCUAUACAGAUGGCUCAUACAAAGGAAAACAACUCUUUAUGUGUGAUGAUGAUUGUGGAGUUUUUGUUCCUUUUGACAAACUGGAGCUUAUUGAAGAGGAAGAUGACACUGAACUCUCAUCUGGCAAUACUGAAAUGUUUCUGUACAGCGAUAAAUCUGCCAUAGAAAUUAACUCAAGGGUGUCUACAUAUAUUGAAAAUGAGCUAGUGUUUGGAACGGUCGUAUUCUGUGGUCUGCUGGCAGGAAAAGAAGAUUAUGGCUAUUUUUUAGGUGUUGACAUGGACAAUGUCAUGGGUGAUUGGGAUGGCACAUGGGAAGGAAAAGUACUGUACAAUACUCCGCAAGGAAAAGUCUCCCUUUUGUGGAUAGAAGAUGUAAUACCAGGCACUCCUGAAUCACGACCAUUGAAACAAAGCUUUACAUCAAGAGGUAUUAAUGAAAAGAUUUCUUCAAACGUGAGCAACAGAUCAAAGAAUAAAGGACUGGUUUCACAGUCAGGAAAAUCUCCAGGACAUAAUCGGAGCCGAUCUGAAUUACGGUGUACAUUAAAUGGUACAUCUAUUGAUCCACAAACAAAAUCAAAAAGUACAUGGUACAUUGACGAAGGAAGCGAAGAUACAGCAAAAUCACUAGUAGAUACACACUCUAAGCUGAGUCAGUCACCACCCACCGCGUCUUCACUUCAAACUUCCCUUUCAAAUGAAAAUAAAUUCCAUUCGUUGCCCUUCAGCCUCACCAAGAAACCCAGUGUUAACGGAAGCAUUGGUCACACCCUUUCCUUGUCUGUUCAAUCAGUAAUGAUGGAUGUGAAUGCCAGUGCAAAUCAGGAUGCUGAACUAGUUGGAGUGUCAACAAAAGACCAACCCAGUUUGGAAGUGGGAUCAUUGGUACAAGUGAAGGAAAAUCCUCCUCUCUAUGGAGUAAUUCGGUGGAUUGGUCAACCUCUUGGUGUUAAUGAACAAAUAGCUGGACUUGAACUUGAAGAAGAAAGUGCAGGUUGUACAGAUGGUACUUUCAAGGGAAUGCGUUACUUUAUGUGUGCAUCGAAGAAGGCUUUAUUUGUAAAACUUAAAAGCUGCCGGCCCGAUUCAAGAUUUGUAUCAUUGCCUCAUCACUCCAAUCAAAUUGAAAGAUGCAAUUCAAUCGCAUUUGGAGGAUACCUAAGUGAAGUGGUUAAAGAAAACACACCUCCCAAGAUGGAGAAAGAAGGCCUUUCUAUAAUGGUUGGGAAGAAAAAGGGCAUUCAAGGGCAUUACAAUUCCUGUUAUUUAGACUCCACUUUGUUCUGUAUGUUUGCUUUUAGCUCGGUGUUGGACACUGUAUUGCUUAGACCUAAAGAAAAAGAUGAUGUUAAAUUUUAUACUGAAACCCAAGAUUUGUUAAGAACAGAAAUAGUCAAUCCUUUGCGAAAUCAUGGGUAUGUUUGUGCUACCAAAAUAAUGAAACUUCGAAGAAUUCUUGAAAAGGUCGAGGCAGCUUCAGGAUUUACUUCAGAAGAGAAAGAUCCUGAAGAAUUUCUCAACAUCUUGUUUCAUCAUAUAUUAAAGGUAGAACCUUUGUUGAAAAUCAGAUCAGCUGGACAAAAAGUACAAGAUUGUUUCUUUUACCAAAUAUUCAUGGAUAAGAAUGAAAAUGUUGGCGUCCCAACAAUCCAGCAGUUACUUGAAUGGUCCUUUAUUACCAGUGACCUUAAAUUUGCUGAGGCACCUUCAUGCCUCAUAGUUCAGAUGCCUCGAUUUGGAAAAGAUUUCAAGUUGUUCAAUAAGAUAUUUCCAUCUUUGGAAUUGGAUAUCACAGAUUUAUUAGAAGACACACCCAGAGACUGUCGUAUCUGUGGAGGUCUUGCAAUUUAUGAAUGCAAAGAAUGUUAUGAGGACAUUGAUAUAACUGCUGGAAAAAUCAAGCAGUUCUGCAAAGCUUGCACUACCCAAGUACAUCUCCAUCCUAAGAGACAAGGGCAUAAGCAGCGAAAAGUAACUCUACCCGAACAGAUGGCUGACUAUGCCUGGAGGCAGUGUUGCGUACCCAGACAGAAGAUGAAACUGUUUGCUGUGCUUUGUAUAGAGACUAGUCACUAUGUGGCUUUUGUCAAAUAUGGCCCAGAUGAUUCAGCUUGGUUGUUUUUUGACAGCAUGGCAGAUCGGGAUGGUGGGCAGAAUGGCUACAACAUCCCUCAAGUGACUCAGUGUCCUGAGAUUGGAGAAUAUUUAAAAAUGUCACCAGAGGAACUACAUGGAUUGGAUCCUAAAAGUAUCCAAGGCUUUGCACGAAGGCUGCUAUGCGACGCGUACAUGUGCAUGUACCAGAGCCCGACUAUGAGUUUGUACAAAUAGACUGUGUGAACCCUUUACUGUUUGAAGAGGCAACCUUGAUGACUAAUUUAUUACACUUAAAAGAAUGCCUAAGUUACAUAAAAUAAAGUGGAAGUAUUGCUGUAACAUGUUUUGCACAGUAGAAUAUUCUAGUGUUUCUUAAGUGUUCAGUAAUUGACUGUAAAAGUAGGACUGUUUAAAGGCUGUUCUAAAAUGAAUUUGUGUGUAAAUAGUGAUUUUUUUUUCUUCAUUUAACUUUGAAAAUGUGUAUAGGUACUGAUUUGUUGAUGAAUCCUAUACCUUUAUAACUUUAAUAGAUUUAUCAUUGAAAACUGUUUAUCAACCUACACGUCAUUGGAAUAGUGUUAACUAAUUGUAAUGUGCAAACUCCUAACUCAACUGUCAAUUAUUUGGCACAUGUUGCUUGGUGGCGACCCUGCGUUCCAACAAAUUGUUAUUUUUAUUGUUAGCCCCCAUCUGUUGGUACGAUUCUCCAUGAGCCCCAAUUCCUUUCAAUAGACCUCCAUUAGUGUAUUUCUUGAUGAUGUUUUCCAUUGCAUUAUAUACUUGGGAAUCAUUUGAUAUUUUUGCACCUAUAAACAUUUUUGCAAUUUUC